CUAACCAUAGCUUUAAAAUAAUAAUAUAUUCUUGUCACGUCAAUCAAUAUUCAAAAACAAAUCUCAAGCUCAAAAAAUUAUUUGAGAUUCACUCUUGUAUUUUUUCUUUUGAAACCAAGCUCAUUUCCUCGGCCUUCCUUCAAUUUGACGAUGUCCAUUGUUGCAGAGACUUCAAGAUCAUCGCAACACGCAAGGCUCAGGAGACCCAGAAAGCAGCCCACUUCAGCCCCAGAUCCGACGCCCCAAACCCAUUUAAUCGUCCACCCAACCCGUAAAAAAUCUACCAUUUCUGGUUUGCUUGGCUCACCCUUCUCUGACACCAACGACAAUGCUGCUAGUCUUUUGAGCAAGAAGACCAACAAGAAGAAGACAUUUACGUCUGUGGCACUGAGUGGACUCGGGUGUGUCAAGUGUUUGUCGCCGGUGGUGGUUGGGUCGUCGGGGGAAUGGGGGGCAAACAAAGUGAGGAAGAAGAAGAAGAAGAAACAGAGGAUGAGAGUUGAGAAUGCGACGGCUAAAACGACGACGUUGAAUGGUGCAAUGUCUCCACGUGUAGUGGUGGUGGUUCCUGACCUAUGCUGUACUCCUGGGAUUGGUUUAGCGGCCUCCAAUGCUGCUUUGGUUGAUUUUGUAGAACCAACAAGGUCCCUUUCUUCAAGAGGGAGGGUCAAUGCUCACAGAACCAAUAACAGAGAGCGUGGUCGGACAAGAAGGAGAGGCAGCGACCAUGAUCAGGCUUCUGGAUCACAUAUCUCUAAUGCUAGAAGAUAUGAUGAUUUUGGGCAUGGCUCUUCUGGAGGUCUCUCUCGCUCAGAGAUGAUGAUACUACAGAGUAGCCUACUGUUUGGAGAGAAUGUGGAGGGAUCUGAUCGAUAUGGGGACUGGAGACUUGAUGUUGACCACAUGUCGUAUGAGGAACUACUGGAUUUGGGUGACAGAAUUGGGUAUGUAGGCACAGGCCUGAGAGAAGAUGAGAUAUUCCGGUGCCUGAGGAACAUGAAGCACCCGAUUUUGGAUUCCCUCCCCUUACUAUCCUCCACCGGUGACAACUGGAGGUGCAGCAUUUGUCAAGAGGAAUACGAAGCUGAUGAUGAGGUGGGAAGGCUGGAUUGUGGCCACUGCUAUCACAUACAUUGUAUUAGACAGUGGCUCCUGCGGAAAAAUGCUUGUGCUGUUUGCAAAGCUGCGGCUGCGGCUUACAACUGAGCGUGGAACACCAUUUAUGCCUUUUUUUCUGGCUUUAAUUCAAUUCUGAAUUCAUGAAGAAGUUUAUAAGCACCUGUUUGGGGCGUCCCAUUUUCUACAUUGUUUGCUCAAUGGAAGAUCCUGGCUGUUUUUUUGUGGAGUCUGGAAGAGUUACAGGCUAGCAUUUGUGCUCCUGGCGUCUAGGGAGUACUCUUGCAUUAGUUUUCAACUUCUCGUCUUUCUUUUCUUUCUUUCUUCCUUCCUUUUCUCUGCUUUACGUCCAGAGGACGAUAUCUUCAUCACAAGGUUCUGAUUCUGGAUGCAAUCAUUCAUACUUAAAGCAAGAACAUCCCUUUCCUACCGGAGUGUUGGUUCCCGAUUGGUCAUUGUUUGCUGUAAAAUUGAACAGCCCAAUUAUAUCAAGGAACUUCCCAUGUUUUCCCCGCGA